AAUCGCUUUGGUGCCAUUACGUAUCGGUUACAAUUUGAAUUGUGUUGACAUAUUUUUUGAUUUCAUUGAUACAAUUUUUCAGUUUUUUUUACAAUGGUAUCUCGAUUUACAUGUGACGGCAGUAAUUUUAUUAAAUUACAGUUUAUAAUGGGAAGCAAUAGUUUUUUUUUUCGAAAAAAAAAAAUCGAUUUGAAAGUUGAAUUAUGUGGCGCUAUUAGCAUUGUUGCCAACCGCAUUGUCAGUUAUUCCGACGUUUUGACACACACACACACAAUGAACCGAGCGAAUAGAAAUGUACAGAUGUGUAUGUGAAGUGGACGUGUGUAAAACCAUGUGCCGAUAGAAAAAAAAAUCCAGUCACAUACGUUUGUCUUUGUCUAAUGUAUUCAGUAGACCAUUGCUAUCCAUAACGAACAGUGAAUCAUCAUCAUUUAUACAUUGCGUUUUGACAGUCAAAAUUGACACAAAAUAAAAGACGAAACAAAAAUAAUUAAUAAAUAAUUGAGUGUGUGCAAUAUAAAUUUGAUAAAUCUACAAAAAUAUAUUAUGAAUGUGAUUGAGUGUGUGUUUUUGUGAAAUAAAAUGAAAAUUAUACAUUCGAGCAAUUGAUUCUUGGCCAUGCUCUUGUAAACCGCCAUAAAAGUCAAAAUUAAGGAUACAGUGAUUGUGCCUGACAAAAAUCUUUUUCUUUUUUGUUUAGUCGUUUCGUUGCUUUUGUCUACCAUAAAAAAAAGCAAAUUUGUGUGUCCUCCGACGAGUAAAGAAAACAAAAAUAAAUCGUGGCGCCGAACCACAUAAACGUCGGAAAAAAGAAUGCCAAAGGAAUCAUCGUCGAUUGAUAAACUCCAGCGAAAAUGUCACCGAUGAUAUAUACUAUUUAUGGAUUUGCGAUAUUUUUCUUCGUAUUUUGGUGUGGAAAGUGGCUAUUACACGUGCUUGCCAUUAGCUAUGGCAAAUUUAAAUUACAUCGCAAAGUUAAGGCUUCGGUAAUAAAGUCGAAACAAUCGGAAAUUGAACAAGCCACCGAACAGCAACAAACACAACAGCAACAGGAACAACAAACAUCAUCGUCAACAACGCCGUCGUCAUUGUCGUCGUCAACAUCACCGUCUUCAUCGACAGCGUCGCCAUCAUCAACAUCGUCGUCGCCACCGCCAUCAGUUAGCGCGCAAUUGUCAUCCACCAUCAAUUUAGUUAGAGAAAUACAACCACUGCCAUCAAUAUCAAUUCUAAAACCGCUUAUGGGCGUUGACCCAAAUUUGCAACAAAAUUUGGAAACUUUUUUUACUAUGAACUAUCAAACGUAUGAGCUUCUAUUUUGUAUUGAGGAUAAUUGUGAUCCGGCUAUUGACGUUGUGCAAACACUGAGGAAAAAGUAUCCAACGAUCGAUUCAAGAUUAUUCAUUGGUGGAUCAAAUGUGGGAGUCAAUCCAAAAAUAAAUAACAUGCACCAAGGAUAUGUGGCAGCUAAAUAUGAACUGGUUAUGAUAUCGGACAGUGGUAUUCGAAUGAAAGAGGAUACGUUACUCGAUAUGGUCGAAUACAUGACUAGCAAAGUGGGUUUAGUUCAUCAGAUGCCAUUCACGUGUGAUCGCGAAGGAUUUGCGGCAACAUUUGAAAAGAUAUUUUUCGGAACCGUACAAUCGCGUAUCUAUUUAUCAGCCGAUUUAUUGGGUAUAAAUUGUCACACGGGCAUGUCAUGUUUGAUGCGACGAAAUGUGCUGGCUGAAUUAGGCGGCUUGCAGGCAUUCGGUUGUUAUUUGGCUGAAGAUUUUUUCAUUGCACAAGCGUUCAUGGAUCGUGGUUGGAAAUUGGCCAUAAGCAGUCAACCGGCAUGGCAAAAUUCCGGCAUUUGUGAUAUAUCGACGUUUCAAGCCCGAUUAACCCGUUGGGUUAAAUUGCGUGUUGCUAUGUUGCCCACAAUGAUCAUAUUGGAACCGUUAUCCGAAUGCAUGGUUUUGGGUGCAUUGGCCUCAUGGUCUGUAUCGAUUCUAUUUCAUUGGGAUGCGCUUGUCUUUUAUUUAGUACACAUUCUAAUGUGGCUGCUAAGCGAUUGGCUAAUGUUGUCAAUCGUUCAAAAUGGCACGUUGCCAUUUAAUAAAUUUGAAUUUGUCGUUGGUUGGCUGUUACGCGAAUGCACUGGACCAUAUUUGUUCUUUAAUGCACUAUGGGAUCCGGCGAUACGAUGGCGUGAACGUGUUUUUCGUUUGGCUUGGGGUGGCAUUGCAUACGAAAUUACAGAAGAAAAUGGUGAUAAUAUAAAAUGUGCAAUUGAUGAGAGUGAUAAGAAAUUGCAUAAGCCAAGCAAAACAUCGCCAACAAAUUUGUUUGAGGGAUCAAUUAGUAUAAGAAAUCAAAUGCCAUUAUCACACAAUGGUUUAUCGAAAGUGGACAGUAUCGGUGGUGGUGGCGGCGGUGGCGUGAAUUGGUGUGAAAAAUUAAAUACGUUAAGCAACAACAAGUCUUCAAUCAACGAUUUUUCGUUGUCAUCGCAACAUCGAAAUUGUAUUUCGAUUUCAGUUGGGAUGGAUGCCUAAUCACAUCUGCGUACUCUAAAUCUACAUAUGAAUUUUUGCUUGCCCAAUGCUGAUUAUGUGUCUAACAGAGAAUGGGAUAGAAAGGGUGAAAAAGAAUAAAAUUAAGCAGAGCUAUAUUGUUACGUUUCUUAUUUCUUGAAAACCGGUUGAAUUAGAAAUUGAAAAUCGAAUUCACUGUCAGUCACUCGCUAAAUUCCUAUGAAUCAACGGAAUCAAUUUUUUUUUAGAAAAUUGCAUUGUGUCCCUAUGGGGAUUUUCACAUCUACUAAAAAAACAAAUUCCCUGAUUAUGCAAAAUACCGGUUACCAUUUGAUGACAAAAAAGGCAACUGAUUGACAGUCAGAAUACAUUUUUUUAAUUGAAGAAAUAAAAGAAUGAUAGAGAAAUGAACGAUUUUUUGAACAAUACUAAAAUUGAAUCAAUUUUUCGGUAAUAAUUCAAAAAUGCUUUAGUCGAAACAUCAGCUUUCAUUCCUAUAUACACAAACACGCGCGCGAGUCAUUUGUGAACUUGUGUCCACAAUAUGCCAACAUGAACAAACAAAGAAGAAAAAAAACCAAUUGCAGAGUAUUUUUACCUCAUAAAUUAGUACUUAAAAAUUAAAUUUGUUUUUAAUUGACUCAAUUGCUAGUUUUUGUGCACAGAAACACAUUUUUUAAAUCACUUUUCAUCUUUUCGAACACACUCAACCCCUCACCCUACAAAAUCACACGCCAGCGCAAUUGGUUUAUCGACAAUCAGAACUCUCAUAUUUGCGGCGUUUACCAUUUAGAAUUGAAAAUUAAGCAAACAGAAAAAUCUGAAAAAAAAGAGAAUCUAUUCUUUGAUAAAUAUUUAAUGGACACAUCUUUUUUUUUUAUUUAAAUUCAUUUGCCAAAAUUAAGCACCACAGCUCACAUGGGCUGCAGUAAUAUUUAUACGCGGGACGACAGCGUCGUCAUUUGUCGCUUUUUUUUUAGGCAAUUUUAAUUACGCUUUUGCAUCAACGUGCAUUCAUGUUUAAUUUAUUUUGAUUUGUGGUGUAAUUUUAUUGAGUUAAGUUUGUUGCCAAUCAUUUUCAAAAGUGGAAAUGAAUUUAAAACGCAAAAAAAAAGAAGUAAGCAUUCAAUCAAAAGACAUUGCAAAUGAUGACAAUUUCCAAAAAUUUGCAGAAGAAAUGAGGAAGAAGGCGGAGAAAAAAACCAAAAAAAGCAACCAAAAACGGUUGUAACAAAGAGAUUAUUUUUGUUUUUGUUUUUGGAGUGAACAUGUAAAGUGUCUUUUAUUUUGAUUGUUUGUUUUUUAAAUGUGGCGUCAAAUCCAAAAUUAAAUUGAAUAUCCAUAAAUAAAUUUGAAAUUAUAAAUAAAAAUUAUUAUGCAUUAUUUUGUAUUUGGCAAGAGAAUGAAAGAGAAAAAAUCAUUAUACAAAUUAAUCUGAAUGUGGCUACUUUGAAAGUAACGUUAAUCGCUUGAUAGGAAGAAAUAAAGGUGUUUAGUAUUUGUUUGUGACAAUUCCAUUCUAUUAUGAAUAUAUGAAUAAAAUUUGGUUAAUUUUUUAGCUUAAGAAAUUAUGGCAUAUAGUGAAUGAAUUAUAAUAUCAUCUUUUGAAAUGGGGAAUAUUCCCCUUUGAACCUCUUAUUCCAUUUAUUUCCAUCUAAUGCGCUGCUGGGAGAGACAAAACAAAAAUAUUUUCCGAACUUGUGUCGCGACUUUGAUUGCAUCCAAAAUUAGAUUUAAUUAUUAAAAGAAAAAAAAAAAAA